GUAAGUCCAAAGCCUUGGCUGCAGAAUCUGUGACGUGAUCGGCUGACUCAUCAGAGAUGUCUGACGUCUAACCUGCGUUGAGCCCUUCUUCAAGAGCAGACGGCUGUUCCUCUACCUUGUUUCUCCACAUUGGCAUCCAGCACACAACAAAGCAGAGAAAAAUGCCUUCUGCAAUUGUAUUUGGCGCUAAUGGCAUCUCGGGUACGGCAAUGCUUCAAGCCUUGGUGGCCCAGGAACCAGCACAGUUUUCGAAAAUCGUCGCCAUUUCACGUCGUCCUCCUCAAAUCAAUCUUGACGAUCCUCGCAUUCAUUUUGUCUCUAUUGAUAUCCUCAACUCUAGUCUAAACGAAAUUAUCAAAAAGAUGCGCGACGCUGGAACUCAAGACGCAUCCCAUGCCUUUCAUUACACCUACAUUGCCAAGAACGACGAAGAGGAGCUUACAGAAGUCAACAAGGAACUGUUCCACAAGGCACUUGAGGCCACUGCCGCGGUUGCAAAGGAUUUGAAAUGUUUUUUGCUGCAAACUGGCUACAAGUAUUACGGAGUUCACAAGGGUGGAAAGUACCUCGCGCCUAUUCCGUUCAAAGAAGAUGCGCCUCGACACGAAGGCCUCAAUUUUUAUUAUGUCCAAGAAGACAUGCUCAAAGAAGCUGCGGAAAAGCACAACUGGAAAUGGAUCGUCACUCGGCCCAAUUUCAUCAUUGGGGUUACUAAAGGCAAUUUCAUGAACCUCGCUGUAACCUUGGCUCUGUACGCUGUUCUUCGUAAGGAACUCGGGCAGCCAUUCACGUUCCCGGGUAAUCAGAUCAUGUACGACAACAUUGUGGAUCACUCGGCUGCUAUCAACAAUGCUAGGUUCCAGCUCUGGUGCGGAGAGAAUCUAGAGAAAACAGGGAACAGAGCAUUCAACAUUCACGAUGGGGAUAAGAUUCGGUUCAGAGAUGUUUGGCCCAAAAUAGCAAACUACUUUGGCCUUUCUCUGCCUUCUGAAGCCGAAUUUUUCACAAUCCCGAAGCCAAAGCCCGGCGAAAUUGCGUUGCAACUUUCUGUUGAGGAAUACGCAAAGGACAAGCACGACCUAUGGCGAAAGAUCUCUCAAAAGUAUGGCUUGGAUGAAUCUGCGUUUAACUAUGCCACCUGGGAUUUUGCUGACUUUGCGACCGGUCGGACAUGGCCCGAUGACGGGGACAUGAGUCGUGCUCGGGAAGCUGGAUGGACGACGACGGUGGAUUCAUUUGAAAUGUACAAAGAAGUGUUUGAGAAGAUGAAGAGGCUGCAGAUGAUCCCGAAAUAUUGAUCUUAUAUACCACAUGAAAUUACAUUGUGAAAGGAUUCCAUCUCAUCAUUUGUC